CAUCCUGCAUUAUUGGCGCACGCGUCUCACAGCAGACAGGCUGAGAACUGGCGUCCCAGAGGCGGCCACCGCGUCGCGCAACGGUCAGCAUCUCUCCGGUCGAUCCGCGAAUGAACGAGCUGAUCUAGCACGAGCCAGCUUCUUUGCGUGCGCCGCGCCCUGAUAACCUACUGUAGUGCCCUUCAGCCCUGCCAUAGUCCUCCUGCAGCUGCGCAUGACUGUGUCGUCGGCCACUGCCACUCUCAAUUGUUAUCUCUGCUCCCUUUCUUACCGCAUUUGCGACAUACAACUUCUCCAUGUCUGUACGACCCUCGAGGGCAUGAAUGCCGGCCAUGGCAUCUAUACGGCUUUCCCUGCUGGUCGCAGUUGCGUUCGUGUCUCGGUCUCUACAAGCAAAAGAUCCCAUCUCCGACUUCUGUCGACGAUGGGGCCACCAAACCGCGCAUGUAGACAACAAGCUCUACAUCGAUGGGGGCCAGGUGGUAUGGAAUCCGAUCUCCACCAAUCCCCUCAACUACACGAAUACCUGGCUCCUCUACAGCGACCUCAACUCGACCACGCAGGGCUUUGGUCAACCCUACCAAUACGCGAACCUCACGAAGAAUUCGACUGUCCCGAGCGUUUCAGGCGGCGUGCUGUGGGCGGAUGAUGUCAACAAGUGCUUCUACCAAUUUGGCGGGGAAUACCAGAGCAACCCGUCGGACUUCAGCUUCUGGACGUACGACACGCGGCUGAACCUAUGGAACGAGACAGACUACAAGAGCAAUGUCCAAUCUCUGCAGCGGGUGGCCCACGGCGCCGGAACACAGGCUCAGGAUUUUGGAUUCGGGUAUUAUUUCGGAGGGUACAUGAACAAUCUGACGUCGCCGAACUGGAAGGGAGGGCAGAUCGCAACGAGCAAUUUGAUAUCCUACGACUUCACCGUGGGCCAGCUCAACAACAACAGUGGGCCACCAGACAAUUAUGGACGCGCGGAGGGGCAGUUGGUACAUCUUCCUGCAUCUGAUGGAGGCCUUUUAGUAUACUUUGGCGGUAUCGAGGAUCCGACUCGAAAUGGGAGCUCUCAAGCGGCCAACAUGAGUACCAUCCAUAUAUACGACAUCUCUUCGAACAAGUGGUAUACUCAGCAAGCCUCAGGCGAUAUUCCAGGGGCUCGACGACAAUUUUGUGCUGGCGCGACCUGGGCUGAUGACCAAUCUUCGUACAACAUCUACCUGUAUGGCGGUUUCGCCGCAGAAGGUCCUGGUGGAUAUGACGAUGCUUAUAUCCUCUCGCUGCCGUCUUUCAAGUGGAUCAACGUUUUCAGUACAGGCAAUGGCACGACCCCUUUCCCGCAUGGUGCCUGUUCUGCAAAUGUUAUCAACCGGGAUCAGAUGCUCAUCAUUGGUGGUUGGUUCACAAACUCGUCCUACACCGAUUGCGACGCGCCGAACUCUCAAGGGCAGCACAACAUGAACCUCGGGUACAACGGAGAGAAGAACGUUCUCUGGGAUAAGUGGGACCCCUCGGCAACCAAGUACUUUGUGCCCACGCCCGUUAUUUCCGUCAUUGGUGGCGGCCCAACUGGAGGUGCCACCUUGACUAAGCCCUCUAAAUGGGACAAUGGCGACCUCAGCGUUUACUUCGGCCGUCAGGCAACCUUUUCAGCCCGAUCAGCAACUCGCAUAGUCCCUAGCGGAACGGCCCUCCCGUCAGAAACCGGCAGUUCGAAGAAGACGAACGUCGGAGCUAUUGCGGGUGGGGUAGUUGGAGGGCUCGCUGCGCUCAUUCUGAUACUCUCACUGAUCCUCUUCUGCCUCCACCGGCGCAAGAAGAGUCUCAAAGCCAAGGAAGAAAAGAACCAUGGCCCGUCACCCCCUCUUCCCGUCGAGCUAGCAGCAACCUCACCAGUUCACGAGAUGCACUCACCGGGUGCGGGGAAGUACAUGAGCUUACAGCAACAGCCCGAUCCGCCUAUGCAAUCACACUCGCGAUCAUUGAGCGACGAUUACCUUAAUCCCAAUGUCGUUUCACCAUACCACCCACAGUUUCCUUCCAACUCACCAACAUCAACAGCAACACACCCUUCGCCAUAUAAUACUGAAUUUUCGCACCCAAGUUACGCGCAGCAAGACCAGCAUGCCGCCUACGCCCAAUACCCUAAUACUUACGAUACCCAAAGUUACGACCCUAAUUCAUACCACCAGCCCCCCGGCAUAGCCCUGCAGCGCGAACAUUCCUACCCGACACCCACCUCGCCUUCCCAUCCACACGCCUUCGUUCCGGUCACCCAACAAGUAUACUACCCACCGCCGCCCGACCCAUCCACCCGAACGCGCUCACACCAGUCCCAUCACUCCCAGACCUCGUAUUCAGAUCGCGUCACCAGCCCCGAGGGUACGCAAUUCAGCGGGUCCGACAGGCAUACACGGUCGCCCCCGAGCACGACGCAGACGCCUGCGCAAUUUUACGCGCAGCCUGUGCCGGUGAGAGGGCCGCAUGUUAUGAGCGGGGGAAAUUUGGCGCCUGGUGGAUUUGGUGAUGAGGCGGGGAGUAUCAAUGAUAGUGGGAGUGUGAGGAGCUGGGAUAGUAGGAAGAGGCCGGUGAGGGGGCGGUUCGUUGAGGUUGACGAUCUGUGAGCGUGACUUUGAGAUGUUGGAUGCGCGGCCGUUGAUACCAAGACUGAGUAUCGUUGGCACGAGGAUUCACUCGAGGAAGCGCGUUGGGAGAAAAGGAUUCAUCUUUGAAACGAGCGAAGCGUUUGCAUCGUCUGGCGUAAGAGCGGGUCUUCAAUGUCAUCACAUCUUGGGAACGUGGACGGGACUAUUAGGAUCAGGCUGGGAUGAGUGUAUAGGAUUUCCAUCGCUCUUUAUUUGUAUGUAGUUUCUAGUAUAUACUCGAACGGAAUACUCGAACGAGGUUAACGAAUCAGUACAAGCCCAGGCGGCUUCAUUUUUUUUUU